CUGAGAUUUAACUCUUGGAGACUGCGCGUGCAGCAUUUCAAUCGUGCGCUGUGCCCGUCCAGUCACGCCCGUGGAUCUUCUCACUCGACAACAAUUCCUCCUCGGCAUGGACGCCCAUCGGGACCCGGCGCUUGACCCAGCGCAUCAGCACGAGCACGGCCAUCUCCAUCACAGCGAACAUGCAGUGCAUAGCGGAGAUGACGUGCCUUCGUACACCGUUGGCACCACGACCGACCGAAGCGUAAUUCCAGAUCCUAGUCCUCACGAUCACAUCCACACCCAUGCUCAUCCGGGUGCUGGACACCUCGACCAUACUGCUACAAAAGAGUUGGAGAACAAAUCCGAUGACUAUGGCGAGAAGCAACAUUAUACCAUAGAUCUUGAGCAGGGCAAAGCUUCGCCAAUCUCGGGUUCUGCAGUGUCGCCAGACGAAGAGAAGCCAUUGCGAGGCAUAUAUCGCAAAUACCGGCCAGUAUGGCAUGCUGCUAUGUGGCUGCUCAUUACUGGCUGGUGGAUAGCAGGUCUGGUUCUACAUCAUGCGGACAUGAACUGGGUGAUACCAUUUCUGCUCUGGCUUGCCUUCACCAUCAGAUUCGUCACUUUCUACGUGCCAAUCUCGUACGUCACGAGACCAAUGCACUUCGUAUGGAACAACACUGGCGUUCGUGUCAACAAGAUGAUCCCUGAGAAAUUCAGGCUUUACGUUGGAGCCGCAAUCACUGUCGCGGUCAUCUUGGUCGGAACUUUCGUCAGUGAAGAGUCUGCAGACAACACUCGAGAGAACCGUGCAAUUUCGCUUUUCGGCAUGGUCGUUCUGAUCUUUGCUCUCUGGGCGACCUCAAGAAACCGCAAGGCUAUUAACUGGCACACUGUCAUUUCUGGCUUCCUCAUCCAGUAUGUGAUUGCGCUUUUCGUGCUCCGCACAGGAACCGGAUACGACAUCUUUAACUUCAUUUCUGGCCUUGCGCGUGACCUGCUCGGAUUCGCAGGCGACGGUGUGGCUUUCCUAACUACUCCACAAAUCGUAGCCACCAUCCACUGGUUCUUGCUCAGCGUGCUGCCAGCCAUCAUCUUCUUCGUAUCGAUCGUACAGCUGCUGUACUACGUCGGACUCCUCCAAUGGUUUAUCGGCAAAUUCGCAGUGUUCUUCUUCUGGACCAUGCGCGUAUCCGGUGCCGAAGCUGUCGUCGCCGCAGCCAGUCCUUUCAUCGGACAAGGAGAAUCUGCUAUGCUCAUCAAACCAUUCGUUCCACACCUGACAAUGUGCGAACUGCACCAAGUCAUGACUUCAGGUUUCGCCACAAUCGCCGGAUCCGUUCUGGUAGCAUAUAUCGGCAUGGGGAUCAACCCACAAGCUUUAAUCAGCUCCUGCGUGAUGUCCAUCCCAGCCUCCCUCGCAGCAUCCAAACUCCGCUAUCCAGAGGAAGAGGAAUCCCUCACCGCAGGAAAAGUCGUCGUCCCAGACGAUGAUGACCACAAAGCCGCUAACGCCCUCCACGCUUUCGCAAACGGUGCUUGGCUGGGUCUCAAGAUCGCAGGCAUGAUUCUCACAACUUUACUCUGUAUCAUCGCCUUCGUAGCCCUCAUCAACGGCAUCCUGACCUGGAUCGGCCACUAUAUCAACCUGACUGGAAAGUACGACCUCACCAUCGAACUCGUCCUAGGCUACAUUUGCUACCCCAUAGCUUUCCUCCUCGGUGUCCCUCGCGGUCCAGACCUCAUAAAGGUCGCUCGCCUCAUCGGCAUGAAAGUUAUCACCAACGAAUUCGUCGCUUACAACGCCCUCACAACCGACCCCGCCUACGCCAACCUAAGUUCGCGAUCCAAACUCAUUGCAACAUAUUCGCUCUGCGGUUUCGGAAACAUCGGAUCCUUGGGAACACAGAUCGGUGUACUUUCACAAAUCGCUCCAGGAAGAUCGGGAGAUGUGAGUAGAUUGGCCAUUUCUGCUUUGAUUACCGGUGUGCUAUCUACGCUGAGUUCGGCGAGUAUUGCGGGACUUGUGAUUCAGCAUCAGGAGAAUUUUACGUAGACAGAGAGCGGAAGUGGUGAUGGUGACGAUGUAGUACGGUGGAAUACGAAACGAUGAAUUCAAAUCGAUCGCUUUCACAACCCUCUGCCUCCUUCCGCGUCUGGCGCACUAAUUUUACAUGUGUCACGAUGUGUGUGAGAGAGAGGUGAGAGAAAAAAAAUUGGUAUGCAAGAAAGUGUGUUCCGUCCAGCGCCAACGUUUUCGUCAGUUCAGCGCGUGUAUCCCUCUUGCAUUCGCAUCAACGCUACACGUAUUCUGGUCCUUUGCGGCCGAAUCUGAUGAUAGUACAUUCAUCAUGUCUCCUCUAUGUCUGCCUAAACGUCCUCUUCCUCAGGACAGCAGCAGCAGCAACAGCAGCAGCUUCUACUCCCACAUCAAAUUCUCUGCUUCAGUGCAUCCAAAUCCAUAUGCCCUUUAUCGUCACCAGCUCAUCGCACAUGAAGUUCUCGAGCGAGCGCGCGUAUCGGAUCAUCGUUCUUAGGAGGAUUCCUUCGAUCGUCCUCCUAAGUCACGAUCUGCGUCUCCAUCUGAGAAUCUGCCGGCUGUGCCAACGCGUUGCCGUUCUCCUGUCCUGGCAAUAUGAGCUCUUCACCGUUCGCUGUCUGCUCCUCCAAGCCUGCGAAUCGAUCUGCCUUACUUGAGUCCUCCGCCGUCCACACCUUGUCUUCGAACUUGCCUCGUUUCUGGCCCUCCGCAUGUUUGAACGUGCAGUUGGCAUUCAGACAAGGGUUGUACCGGCACAUGAUCUUGCUGUGGCCGAAUGUGCAUCCAGGUGUCGUACAAUCGGCGCCGUUCCGGCAUGGUGGCGCAUUUGGAUGGCGGAAGGGGCAGGCAGGAUUUGUGCAGUUGGGGAAGAAUUUGCAAUCUUGCUGCUUGUUGAAUGCAUUCUUCUUCGCUGGUGAUGGGUGUCGGGCUACGCAGUUGUGAUUCGUGCAUGCCGCGCCGUGAGGGCACGUGGACUCCAUAUCAAUGCUUCCCUUGCCGUUCGUUGCUGGUCCGUGGUGUGCAAAUCCGCAAUCUGGCAUGUUGCAAGAGAGAUCAAAGCGGCACGCAGUCGAGAACUUCGAUCCCUUGUCAUCAGAAUCGACCUCCAUGCCAUCGGCGUGCGAUCCUCCACCAGGUCCAGCAGGUAGUGCAACAUCAGGCAGCUUGCCAUUCACGGCCUUGAGCUUGGGUUCUUGAGUGUGUCCACCGCGGCCUCCCCGGUGACCUCCUCUGCCACCACGUCCAGCAUGGUUGCCGUUUUGGAAUCCGCCGUUCUGGUUGUUCAUCAUCUGUGUCAGGAGAUUGGCUUGCAUCUCCAUCAUUUGCAUGAACUGCAUUUGCUGCUGACUGCUCAUGUUGCCGUUCAUGCCUUGCAUCAUUGGGUUCAUGUUGCCGCCCAUAUUGUUGUGGUGACCAGUACGGCCGCCAUUCAUCAUGCGCUGAACCCCAUUGGCGAUGUUCUGUUGACUCUUGGGUCCGCGCGGAGGACCGUCGCGAGCAGAAUGUGCGUUGAUUCGGCCACUUUGACCACCGGCUGCACCUUUUAUUCUUCUGAGAUUGUCAGGGAGAUCGGUAGAGCGGUCCAUACUUCGGUUCAUCUGGC